CUUUAUAAAAAUAUAACAUAACAAUGACUACAUUCUUUUAUGAAGAUGGACAAGAAAACCUUCUCAAUGAACAUGGAGAAAAAGUUUACGAUCCAAUGGAAGAUGUUUUAACACAAAUUGACGAUCCCAAUAUAGUUCUUGAAACGAUAACCAAUCGAGAAACUUACUUGAGUGCUAAACGCCCCGAAAAAGCUACUGGUGAACCAUCAGUUACGAAGCCGUUGAAAUACCGUACUGCACUGAAUUGGUGGCAACAUUUAUGAAGAAACGGAAGGAGUGCCGUAUAAAAAUAGUGAAAAAAAACAGUGGUCCAAAAAGCUCAUUUACAACUGAGCAUAACGAGUACAUUACCAAGCUACUUGACAACGACCCUCAGAUAUUUGCGGACGAUAUAAUAAAUAGCUUGGCUGAAUAAUUCGAAGGCUUCACCAUUUCAAAAUCGCAAAUGAACAACCAUUUACGUAAUACUAUGCUUAUCACUAUAAAAAAGCCAUAUUUCGAACCUGAAGUUAAAAACUCAGUAGAGAAUCUCCAGACACGAUUCGAAUGGUUUAUGAAAUGGAAAGAUUCUGAUCUGGAUU